AUGAAAAUCCACAUCUCAUUUUCCCACAAAUAUUCUAAGUUUGGAUACAUUUCUGACCAAUUUGUGCAGAAUUCUUUGGUUUCUAGUUUUGCUAGCAGUGGGUAUGUUCACCUUGCACGCCAAGUGUUUGAUAUUACGCAUAAGGAUGUGCUUUCUUAUACUGCUUUUAUUGAUGGGUAUGCCCGGAACGCUCUACCAAUUAGAGCUUUGAAACUUUUCUUGGAGAUGAGACGAGCACAAGUUAAGGUAGAUGAAGUGGUUGUUGUAGCAGCUCUUUCUCAUGCUGGAACGUUAAGAUGUGUUUGGUUUGGGAAGUAUCUUCAUGGUUUCUAUGUCGAGCCAGGGGGGGUUUCUAGGGAUGUUUACAUUGGUAGUGUUCGUGUUGAUAUGUAUGCUAAAUGUGGAUUUUGGGAUAAUGCCUUGAAAGUUUUUGAAGACAUGCCUUACAAGAAUCUCAUUUCUUGGACUGCUAUGAUUGUUGGCUCUAUACACUGCAAUAGAUUUAGGGAAGCACUCUAUUUUUUAAGAGAUGCUAUCCAGAAAGCUUGUCCCCAAUCAAGUACUUACUGA